CUCUCUCUCUCUCUCUCUCUCCUAGCUGGAUUCCAGCUGGCACAAUCAUACUGAUACGACCGACGCGCAUUAUUUUUCUUGCCUUCUCAAAAUUUUCAUUUCGUAUAUACUUCGUACAAAUUUAUGUUUCAAAUAAGCUCUAAAUUCAUGCUCCAUCCAUUGAUUCAUCCUUAAUUUCAGUCUCACUGAUUUUUUUCUUCAUCUACUUCAUUUUCUUAUUUUUUUUUAUUUUAUACUUUUGAUUUCUUUCCAGCAGUGUUCUGUAGCUGCAUUUUCAUAUCGAACACAAUGGAUGAAUUUGGUGUCUUGGUUGAGAGCAUUGGGUUCAGAGCUCAUGGAAAAUCAGCUCCCAUGGCCAAAUUGAAGCCCAAACCCAAAUCCCAUAUCGCGCCCAACGUCACCGCAAAUGCUCCGUCGUACGGCGAUCCAUAUUCCUUACCCGUUGACGAGCUCGAUGGAAUUUUCCGAUCCAAUGUUAAUAUCAGUAAAGCUAGGCAAUCGCAGAACGCCUUUGUUGACGAUAAUAUUUUUGGUGGGCCCGUCUCGAGUGCAAGCCAGUAUGGUGGGAUCGAUUUGGAAUCCGUGUUUUCCAGCUCGAAUAAGAGGAAUUCUGCAGAUUCCUAUGGCUUUGAUGAUUUACUGGGGUCAAAUUCGAAGAUGGCAGAUCCUGUUGAUGAUUUGUUUGGGAAUUUUGGGCUCAGUUCUAGUGGGAAUCAGGGGAAAAAUGAUCAUGGGUUGGAUGAUUUGAUCCCGGGAUUUGGAGGAGCUGCCACUUCCAAGAACAGAGUACACCCUGAGGCAAAGUCAAAUUGGCAUCCAUCUAUGCCUAGAUCGACAGGGAUUGAUGAUCCUUUCUUAAUCUUUGAAUCAUCUGCGUCUCAGUCAGAUGCCUCUUGGCUGUUUAAUGAACCCUCAAGCAAAGUUAAUGUAAAAAGUUCAGUUCAAUCUACAGCUAACGGCUUUGAUAAUUUCUUCAUGGAUGGGCCUCCCGAGAGUGGUUCAAAAGUUGUGAGGAACACGGCUAACAAGCCAAGUUCAGGCACCAGUUCAAAUGGCUUUGAAAAUGCCGAUUAUUUUGAUGCAAUUUUUGGUGGCAGCAAUGCUGGGCAAACUAAAAGUGCGAAACAAAGUUCAACGGCUCAGAAUUCGUCUUUUGAUGAUUUCUUCCACCAAGAAGUGCCUAAAAACACUUCUUCAAAGCCCACAUUCAGCACAAAGAAGGCGCCUUCUGCUACAAAUAUAGGCAAUGACUUCACUUCACUUUUUGGAGAUCUUGACACUUCAUCUGGAGAAUUUCAUGAAAUCGAGGGGGAGCCCGCAGAAAGACGAAAAGCUCGGUUAAAGCGUCAUAUGAAAAUGAAUGAACGGAUGGCUGAGGCACUUGCUGAAAAGAAUCAACGUGAUCUACAGAUUCAGUAUGAGCAGGAAGAGAAACGUAGGCUUGCCGAGACCCUGGACAAUGAUAUAAAGAGGUGGGCUUCUGGGAAAGAAAGCAAUUUACGUGCCUUGUUGUCUUCAUUGCAGCAGGUUUUGGGGCCAGAAAGUGGCUGGCGCCCGGUUUCAUUAACAGAUAUGAUUACUUCUGAAUCAGUGAAAAAGGUUUAUAAGAAGGCAACUUUAUACGUCCAUCCAGACAAAGUUCAACAAAGAGGAGCAAAUCUCCAGCAGAAAUAUGUGGCCGAACAGGUUUUCGAUAUUCUCAAGGAAGCAUCGAACAAAUUCAGCGCCGAGGAAUUGCGAUAAGUUCUCCAUACAGAUAUUUUCAUUCCUAGUGUUUAGUUUUGAAGAAACUAACGAGGAGGUCCACUUUUAAAUGAAUAUAUAAUAUAACAUCAAUUAAAUGGCAGGUGGUGGUACUUAUUCGAUAGAUGGAUAGAUAGAUAUAAUUUACAAAUAUUAAUACUUUUGUGUAGAUAAUGGUGGUAACAGGUGGUGGUGGUACUUUUUCUUUCUUUCGAUCUCUUCCUUUUGGUUCGAGUCUUUUUUGUGUUUCCCUUGGGUUUCAUCUCUAGCCUACCCCGACUUGCUUGGGACUAAAGGCUAUGUUGUUGUUGUUGUUGUAAACACUCCCUGUAGAUUAAAACAGGAAAUAAAUAGCAAAUGAUUUCUGAAUUAAAAUAUGUGGAGAUUUCAGGAUUUGUCUACAACUCCGUCACGGAAUGAUU